AUGUCGUCCGGCGUGGCCAACAACGAGGAAGACAAGAAGCCCACUGAUCAGGGCGGCGCACAUAUCAACCUUAAAGUCAAGGGUCAGGAUGGGAAUGAAGUGUUCUUCAGGAUCAAGAGAAGCACUCAACUUAAAAAGCUUAUGAAUGCAUACUGUGACCGUCAAUCUGUGGACUUCAACUCCAUUGCUUUUCUCUUUGAUGGGCGUCGCCUCCGUGCAGAGCAGACUCCCGAUGAGCUUGAAAUGGAGGACGGGGAUGAAAUUGAUGCCAUGCUUCAUCAGACAGGAGGUUCUGUUGUCUGA